ACAGCUUUCUAGGCAUUUUUUUUUUAAGACAAACGUGGACAUGGGUUGAGUGUCAAGUGUUAAGCCUUUAUAUGUAUAUUUUUUACUUCUGGCUUGAGAGUCAUGGAACGUAUCUCGCUAUGACGCUGUCAUCCGAAUGGAGAAGUGGAACCACGACACGCGUGUCAGAAAAAAGACACGAAAACGGAAGUUUGAAGCCAGCGCCGUAGCAGAUUUGUGCAUUGUCAGGAACAGAAAGAAAGGAAGUCCUUUUGGUCACGAGUGAAAGGCACUCAAAACUUGAUUAUUCAUCUUUACAUUGUCUGGAAGCGUUAAAAGCCAAGUCACCCGAUCUAUUAAUCAUAUCAAGGAGGAGGAGAAUGGAUACGUAACCCCGACUAGAAAGCUCCUCCUAUGAUGUAGGCGCUGAAGAAUGCCAUUUCAUGUUUGUUUUUUCAAAUAUUCCAUCAAGUUCGGAUUCGUUUGAACGGGGCUUGUGUGAUUCCAUUUCACGCGAUUCCAUUUUCGUAAAAGCUGACUUAGAUGUUCCCGAUUUAGUGACACUAUUUGUAAAUCCAACAAGGACGGAGCUCUAAAUUGUAAAUAAAGACACUUGAAUCCGCAGCAAGUCAUCAUGGAGCCAUGUGCCCCGGUCGAGAGGGAGAUAAGGACCUUGACACUUUGCCAGCGUUUGUGUUAUGCCGUCGGGCAUUUUCUCAAUGACUUGUGCGCCUCGAUGUGGUUCACCUAUCUGCUGGUCUACCUGCACUCGGUCCUGGGUCUUCGGAGCACCUUUGCUGGAGUGCUGCUGCUCAUCGGACAGGUGGCAGAUGGAGUGUGCACUCCAAUCAUUGGAUACGAAUCUGACAGAAGUCCCUCCAUGAGACACGGCAAGAGAAAAAGCUGGCAUUUGUUGGGAACCAUCUGUGUUAUCCUGUCUUUCCCUUUCAUUUUCAAUCCCUGCCUGGCGUGCUCAGCAAACACUCCCCAAUGGGCCAAGGUGGUCUACUUUGCCCCCUUCAUCAUAGUCUUCCAGUUUGGCUGGGCGGCCACUCAGAUCUCUCACCUCUCCCUCAUCCCGGAGCUGGUGUCCACUGAGAGCGCCAAGGUGGAGCUCACCGCGUACAGGUACGCCUUCACUGUGGUGUCUAACAUCACGGUGUACACUGUGGCCUUUCUGCUCUUUCACUUUCUGGCUCAAGAGGACAUGACGGACAACUUGGGCUCGGCGGACAUUCCUCUCUUUCGGAUGCUGUCUCUCAUCGUACUGGGUGUUGGGGCAGUGUUCUCGUUCAUAUUUCACAUUGGCACAAAGGAGAGGUCAGGAGAGGAGCUCCUGCUCACACCUUCCCCUGAUGAGGACGCCGAGCCUGUUCGAGUGUUGCAGUGGAAACAUUGGCUUAAAGAGCCUUCUUUCUACCAGAUGGCCUUUCUCUACAUGUGCACGCGACUUAUAGUCAACCUGUCCCAGACGUACAUCUCCGUUUACCUCACCAACUCACUGAUGCUACCAAAGAAGUACAUUGCCAUCAUACCGCUGGUGAUGUAUGUGAGCGGGUUCGUUAGCUCGCUGACAAUGAAGCCAAUCAGCAAGCUCGUAGGCAUCAGUAUGAUGUAUUUUGUGGGUCUGCUGCUGGUGAUGGGCUUUGCCCUUUGGGUGUUUUUUGACAAAACAAUGGGAGCCGAAAGCAUCUACGGCGCGGCGGUGUUGCUAGGAGCCGGCUCAGCCGUCAUCCUGGUCAUGUCUCUCUCUAUGACCGCCAAACUCAUCGGAGAGCAAACGCAAAGUGGAGCCUUCGUUUAUGGAUCGAUGAGCCUCACAGACAAGGUGGCCAACGGUGUGGGGGUCAUCAUCAUUCAGAGUAUCAGACCGUGCAGCACAGAGGCAUGCUGCUCGGAUUGUAUUUGGUUUUAUCGUGACGUCAUGGCAACGGUAACGGGAGGUGUGGCGGUGGCUGCGGCAGUUGGCCUCUUAACAAUUCUCAUUUGGCCUCUCAAGACGAGGAAAUAUGAAUGAUGGAUGAUUGGCAUCGUUCCUAAACUAUGCUUUGAGAUUGUGAAACUAAAAAAGUGUUAAAUGCAUGGCAUGCUAUUCUAUUCAUACUAAAUGACAUUUGCACACAAUUUACUUGUUGUUUUGUUGAAAUAUUUUGUGUUCUAAAGUCAAAGCCAUGCAUAAUGAAUAUAGAGACGUAGCUAACCUUAUUUGUUAUUCGCUCAAACUCACUAACAGCUAACACUAUGCAACGUAAUCCCGAGGACACUAAACAAAAUUGUUGUGUAGUACAGGAGAUUUUUGUUUUAGUAAGUUUUAAGUAAGCUUAAAGUCUGUUUUUAUGUUGUACAGUACAUAUUUCAUGAUAUUUUCUGUCGUUGACUGGGGGAAAUGACAUCAUUCUACUGCCUUAUGUGAAGUGUGUGGCAUCCAUUUUAAAUGAGGUCAAAUGAUGCUCCUUGCCGUAUAAAAAGGGCAACGCAGAAAACAAUUGAGCGAUCAAUCAAUAAAUACCUCAAUCGCAACAAUA